AUGGUCACGGCCACGCCACGAUGCGGGAGUUUGGUGUGUUUAGACUUCAAGCCACCAUUUCGCCCGCUGAGAGAGCCUGAGUUCUGCGUAAUGUACAAGGACUUCGGCUGCUGUGACUACCAAAAAGAUCAGGAGCUGAUGGGAAAAUAUUACAGAAUCAUGAAUCACUUGGAUUACGAUGGUUUCGCCUCUUGUGCAGGCUUCGUGCAGGAGUUGCUUUGUCAGGAAUGCUCUCCGUACGCUGCCCACCUCUUUGACGCAGAGGACCCCAGCACCCCGGUGCGUACCAUCCCAGGCCUCUGUCCUGACUACUGUUCCCAGUUUUGGAACAGAUGCAACGCCACCAUCCCGCACCUCUCAGAUGACCCACACAUAAGCAAAAUUAAUGGAGACCAAAGGCGCCUUUGCCGAUAUCUCGAAUUGGAGGACACAGACUAUUGCUACCCGCACCUCCUCAGCAGCUCACAACUCAGCCAGAACCUCGGUCAUGUGAAAUACGAUUCAGAUGGCUGUUUGCAAAUUUGCCUUGAAGAAGUGGCCAACGGUUUGAGGAAUCCGCUGGCCAUGGUUCACGCGAAUGAUGGAACGCACCGCUUUUUUGUGGCUGAGCAAGUGGGGGUGGUGUGGGUAUACCUUCCUGAUAGAUCCAAGUUGGAGAAGCCAUUUUUGAACAUUAGCAAAUCAGUGCUGACAUCGUCUUGGGAGGGUGAUGAGAGAGGGUUCCUUGGGCUGACGUUUCACCCCAGGCACAAGCACAAUGGGAAGUUGUAUGUGUAUUACUCAAUAGAAGUGGGAUUUGAUGAGCGGAUACGGAUUAGUGAGUUUCGUGUUUCGCCGCAUGAUAUGAAUACAGUGGACCAUCGCUCUGAGAGAGUUAUUCUGGAAAUAGACGAACCAGCUUCCAAUCACAACGGGGGUCAACUCUUGUUUGCAGAAGAUGGAUACCUGUACAUUUUCACAGGGGACGGAGGAAUGGCAGGAGACCCUUUCGGGAAAUUUGGAAAUGCACAAAACAAGUCUGCUCUGUUAGGCAAGGUCCUGCGCAUUGACGUGGACCACAACGACAAAGGGCCGUUGUACAGGAUCCCUCCCGAUAACCCCUUUGUGCAGGAGAGAGGGGCGCGGCCAGAGGUCUUUGCUUUCGGGGUUCGCAACAUGUGGAGGUGCUCUGUGGACAGGGGGGAUCCUCACACCAGAGAGGGGAGGGGACGGAUCUUCUGUGGAGACGUGGGACAAAACAAAUAUGAAGAAGUGGACAUCAUCGAGAAGGGACGGAACUACGGUUGGAGGGCGAAAGAGGGGUUCUCCUGCUACGACAAGAAGCUGUGCCACAACUCUACACUAGAUGACGUCUUGCCCAUCUACGCAUACCCACACAAACAGGGGAAGUCGGUGACCGGAGGAUACGUGUACAGAGGCUGUGAAUAUCCAAACCUCAACGGCAUGUACAUCUUUGGAGACUUCAUGAGUGGGCGUCUGAUGAGUCUGCGUGAGGACCGGAGGAGUGGACAGUGGCAUUAUAACGAGGUCUGCAUGGGCCUGGGUCUGACCUGUGCCUUUCCUGGACUCAUCAACAACUACCAUCAGUACAUCAUCUCCUUUGCAGAGGACGAAGCCGGCGAGCUAUACUUCAUGUCCACUGGGAUACCAAGCGCCACUUCACCGACUGGAGUUGUGUACAAAAUCGUCGACCCGUCGCGACGAGCUCCGCCAAGACAUUGCCACUAUGAGCCUCUUCCAGUCAAAGUCAAAAGCAACGUCAUCAACUUUGUCCCGCAAGAAGUGCCAAUUGGUAUUGAUCUAUUAACUAAAAACAAGCCUGAAGCAAAGCCCACAAAGCCUUACGACUGGCUGCAGGAGCUCAUCGACCAAAUGGGUGAACUCGGCGGGGACUCCACAACUCCACUGCCUACGACAACUUCCACUAAACAACCAAAAACCACCAGGAGAAAACCUAAACGCAAGAAGAGCAAGCCAGUUGUUCUGGACGGAGCGGUGAGACUGGCGGGGGAGCAAGAUGGCCGCAUAGACCAGGGCAGAGUGGAAGUUUUUGUGAAUGGACAGUGGGGGACCGUGUGCGAUGAUCUUUGGACUAUUAGUAAUGCAGCGGUGGUCUGUAGACAGCUGGGGUACAGGCACGCCCUCAAAGCAGCUAAGAACUCAGAGUUUGGGGAGGGUAGACAUUUUCCUAUUGUCCUGGAUGAUGUGCAGUGCGAGGGGACGGAGGCCACGCUGCUGGACUGUAAACACGCCGGAUUGGAGAAGCAUAACUGUGCACACUAUGAAGACGCUGGGGUGGUGUGUGGUCAGAGCCAAGAUCAGGUGCAGGUGUAA